GGGCUUAAGAAGUUCGGCUUCCACGGACUUAGCUGUGCAUACAUCCUGGGAUUAGUUAGACACUAUCUACAGAAGCCCGCAUUGUCUCUCAUUUUGAUAGUUAUGCACCUCGGCUCUGGAGCGUCUGCCUGUGCGAUCCGAAACGGUCGCUCGCUCGACACUACACUCACUGGAUUGCCUGGAGCGACACUCAGCUGCGCAGUCGAUCUUUCACUCGUAUUCCGCUAUAUCAACCGUGCAGGGCGUAUCGUGCACGACUCAAGCGCAGCAAUUGACGUGGGCGUUACUCAAGCAGAGUCUAUCCUCAAUGCCGAAAGCGGCUGGCAUGACAUAACGGGGACACCAGACUUCGGCGAGUCGUGCAUCGAACGAAGGGGCGACGGCCAUUCGUUGGAUGAUUGGGAGGCGUUCGACUUGUUUACGGAUCGGAUCACCAGUGCGGUAGGGGCAUAUUUCGUCAGGCUGAGGGGCAAGGUGGAUGCGCUGAUGUUCUCGAGUGGAAUUGGGCAGAAGAGUGCGGAAUCAAGAGAAGAGGUAGUGCGAAACGUCGUUUGCCUGGGAUUCGAGCUUGACAGAGGUGCGAAUGAUAAGGUCAGGGGCAAUAACGGCAUCGUGUGUGGAGGUGGGAAGAAAGAAGGACACUAA